AUGGUUGACGUAUGGAACCCAGGAACGCAAGCUAUGAAUUACACACCUCCUAAUCAAAGUAAGGACACUGCAGAGAAAGUUUUGCGAAGGGCCCAUAUUGCUAGAGUUGUGACGAACUUGAAGAGUCGCUUGGCCCUUGCAACAUUCAAGACUCAGCGCGGGCUGGAAAGCUGCAAUUUUGAGGCUCUCGAAGCCUUAACGCUUGUCAAUAACGACGGCAGCCCUCCAUCCCACUCUGAGUCUUCGUCGCCCAAGCUGAACUCUGCCACAAUUAAUGGUCCUGGAGCGGCUAGAUUCGAGCCUUCGCCCAAGCAUACUAAGUCUCCUGUCAGAAACACCAAUCAGCUGUUUGACCAGAAAAAUGCAACUGAGUCAAUGCCUCCACCUCCCUUACCGGGUUACUCGCCGGACAAACGGGACUUUACAGCUUACGCCGGGGCUGCUCAGCAUAGAAGACAGGUUUUCAACAACAGCUUAUCUCGUGGGUCGCCGGUCAGGCAGCAGACAGUGUUGCCAUCACUUGGUGCAGCGAUGACGCCCACGACUCCAAGUGCACCUCGUCAUCGGAAACGGGCGAAAACAUUGGAACAGGGUGGUAAUCAAUGGUCUGCUCCUCGAGGUGGGAUGCCUCAAUCUAUGUCCAUGCCAAAUGGACUGCAGAGUUCAUUGCACCAAAACGAGGACGGUCCCGCUAUAGAGCCAUCCACACCACCGCCUCAAUCAGGGCCCAUUCCGGCCUUACCAUCUACGCCUACAUCACAACAGCUACGGGGAACUGACCAAGAGGGAGCAAACCUUCUUUUGUAUCUAGCGACUUCACCAGGACGCAACACUCCGCGGACGCCGGAUUUCCACUUGAACGAGUACUGUAACAUCUUCACUCCAUCACCGGGCGGUAAUCAUGUGCCCCAUCCUAUGACACCAAGCAGCAUUAAUCGGGCGAGGCAGCACCUCAAUUUUGAAACAUGA